AUGGACUCAGUUCCUGUUUGGGCAUCCAACCUAAUGUGCCCACCAGAUAUCUUAGGCAGUUUUGAUCUCGAAGACUCGGAUGUCGAGUUCAUGAAACGGAGUUCAGUGGAUGCCCGCGACAACUUGUGGCCAUAUAACGAGAUGUACGAAGACUGGGACGAAUAUGAUGAAGAUGGGUACGAUGAGGGGCGUGAACUUGUCGAGCGGAUGGCUGCCCGGGAUCAUGCCGUUCGUCUGAGAGCGGGCCCGAAAGAAUUCAUUACCCUCACUGUGGCUUCUUACAAGUCGUCUGGAGACUUUAUAAAGUGGAUGGCGAAACAAGCGAGCAAAGGACGUGAUAUUGCUCCCGUUGCCUUUCAGUAA